AUGGCUUUUGUCGUACCCAUUAAAAUCCCGAUUCCAAUAGAACCGACAGUUCCUUUAGAUAUCGAUCAGAAAAUACUCAUUGAGUCGGCAGAAGAGAGCAAAAAAAUUAUUAAAGACCAGCUGUCCAUUGAAAGGGAACUCAUUCGCGCCGGAUUUUUCCAACGAAACAAUACAAUGGAGAGCUAUCAUCAGGCCUUCUUCGGACCGGACGACCCCGAGAUUCAAAAGAUCUCUUUGGAUGGUUUGGUUGCUCUCGAGACCACUCUUCAAAUUGCCAAAAGGUAUGAAUUGACUCCAUUGCAAGCCAGAGAUGGCUUACAGAAGUACAGUCUGGCGGACACUCCACUACUACACCACUGUCCAAAGAUACCCAUUUGUGACCGACAGGCAAAGUAUCGGACACCUGAUGGCAGUUGCAAUAACUUUGAUUACCCUCUUUGGGCAAAAUCUUUAACUCAAUUCAUACGAUUAGUUCCGCCGGCCUAUGCGGACGGACUCAAUGAGUUAAGAGUAUCAGUGGACGGCGGGGAUCUGCCGUCACCCCGGGAAGUCUCCUGCAAAUUGGCUCUUGAUUUUGACCUUCCGGACAGAAAGUUUUCAUUAUUGGUUAUGCAAUGGGGACAGAUUAUAGACCACGACUUAACACUAACCGCCUCCACAAGA